GCCGCUAUAGUGGAUUAUUACAAAAAUGCUUUUCCUAUUUUAUGCAGUGCUCACGUUCAAUUUUGCAUUUUGCACAGAAAAUAAUUUUGAGGUAAAAACUGUGACUACUGGACAAAAUGUGAACCUAAGCUGUCCUCUCCAGACCUCUGCUCUCUACCAAGAAACUCUGUACUGGAUCCGACUGGUUUCUGGAAACUGGCCAGAAUUUCUUGGAGCAACAUUUAACUUUGAGUAUUAUGAAGAGUCAAAGAUUCCUCAUAUUCAAACCAAACAAGAGGAAGGAGAAUUUCUUCUUCAUAUUAAUGACGCUAAGCGAAACGACACUGGACUUUACUACUGUGUUAAAAUCAGACAACUUGACUUCAUAUUUAUGAAUGGAACAUUUCUACAAAUUAGAGGAAAAGAAUCAGAUGUAACUGUUUUUCUGGAGGAUUCUUCAUCUUUUGCCAUUCAGUCAGAGACCCAAGAGACUCUGCAGUGUUCAGUUCUCGCUUACUCUGAGAGGAAAACAUGUCCAGCAGAUAACAGGGUGUACUGGUUCAAAGCUGGAUCAGAUAAUUCUCAUCCCAAUUUACUCUAUUUACAAGAAAACAGUGGCGAUGAGUGUGAAAGGAUUCCUGAAACUCCUUCUGCACAAAAAUGUUUUUACAACUUUUCGGAGACCUCUGAUGCUGGGAUUUAUAGCUGCGCUGUGGCUGCAUGUGGACAGAUAUUAUUUGGAAACGGAGCAAAACGUCUUGGUCCCAACUCGGAGGAUUUUUCCAAAAUAUUACUUCCUUCCUUGUGCUCGACUUUGGUCAUAAGUCUCUUUGUAAUAUCUUGGCUCAUUUAUAAAAUCAAGAAGAAAAAAUUUGGCUGUUGCAAUGGUAAUGUCCGGCAACAAGUCCUGGUGAUAAUCAAAGUCAACAGAGAGAAGAGAAUUUGGUUUAUUCUGCACCAACAUUUAACAAGAACAAAGCUAAAAAAGGAGAAAGAAGGAACGUUAAAACGGGUCAAGAGGAGACGGUCUACACUGAUGUUAAAACAUUUCGAUAGAUUUACUUUGCUCUAAAGUGAUGAAUUAGUUGUUGCUUCUCAUUCUUAAGACCAGUAAUAUAGAUAUUACUUAUGUGUAAUCCUUACACUAAGUUUUAAGCAAGUGUGUUUAGGCUGAUGUCUUAUUUUUAACCUCGGAUUAACAGAUUUUUUUAAAUGAAGGUCAAGCUUAUAAUUCAAUUAUGUGAAUUUCAUUUGUUACCAAUUUUAUAUUCAUUGCAACAGAAGUUGAAGAAAAAGCAGAUUCAGGUAAAAACUAUCUAUUUUUUUUGCUGCCUUCAAAAGGAAAAGUGUUAUUUUUUAUUGUAUUGUCUUAGUUUGUCUCUUUUUUUA